GGCAGGACUACUUAAGUCCGGGGAAAGUAUUUGCAGGCGUACCCGGAACUGUUUCCAAGGUUUUUUCGGGCUCUAGUUGUGGCGUGGUUGGCUUGUUCUGGGAGCCAAGGCAACGGAGAUCCUCCCAAGCUCGCGAGAGCGCCCUCUUCUCCCCCGGUUUCCGGGACCUAGCGGCACUGAUGGCUCCGGUGUCUGGUUCGCGCAGCCCGGAAAGGGAGGCCUCGGGCUUCAGGGGGAAGCGUCGCAGUUCCUCGAAGAGCCCAAAGCCCAGCAAAUCCGCUCGCUCCCCGCGGGGACGCCGCUCUCGCUCACACUCUUGCUCUCGGUCGGGGGAUCGGAAUGGCGUCAGUCAUCAGCCGAGUGGCUUCAGCCAAGGCUCCCGAAACCAGUCUUACCGCUCUCGCUCGCGGUCACGCUCUCGAGAGCGGCCCUCUGCGACGCGGGGCACCCCCUUCGCUUCUGCCUCCUCGUCCGCCUAUUAUGGCGGCUACUCACGCCCCUAUGGGAGCGACAAGCCUUGGCCCAGCCUCCUGGAUAAGGAGAGGGAGGAAAGCCUGCGGCAGAAGAGAUUAAGUGAGAGAGAGAGGAUUGGUGAAUUGGGAGCUCCUGAAGUAUGGGGACUUUCUCCAAAGAAUCCGGAACCAGACUCUGAUGAACAUACACCAGUAGAAGAUGAAGAACCAAAGAAAAGCACCACUUCAGCUUCUACUUCAGAAGAAGAAAAGAAGAAGAAGAAGAAGUCUGGUCAUUCAAAAGAAAGGUCCAAGAAAAGGAGGAAGAAAAAAUCAUCUAAAAGAAAACACAAGAAGUAUUCUGACGAUAGUGACAGUGACUCUGAUUCUGAAACAGACUCCAGUGACGAAGAUACAAAAAGGAGAGCAAAGAAAGCCAAGAAAAAGGAAAAGAAGAAGAAACGCAGAUCGAAGAAAUACAAGAAAAAGAAGUCUAAGAAGAACAGAAAAGAUUCCAGUGAUUCAAGCUCUAAAGAUUCCCAAGAAGAGUUUCUGGAGAAUCCCUGGAAGGAUCGAUCAAAGUCUGAAGAACCCUCAGAUUUAAUUGGCCCAGAGGCUCCAAAAACACUUGCCUCUCAAGAUGAUAAACCUCUGAACUAUGGCCAUGCUCUGUUACCUGGUGAAGGUGCAGCUAUGGCUGAAUAUGUAAAAGCUGGAAAGCGUAUCCCACGUAGAGGUGAAAUUGGCUUGACAAGUGAAGAAAUUGCAUCAUUUGAAUGCUCAGGUUACGUAAUGAGUGGUAGCAGGAAACAGUAUCUCAUUGUGCUACUCUACUAUGGAUGGCUUAGCCCAUUACAUAUGUUGGAUACUCAAAAGCAACAGGCACCUGGAUGUAUAUUCACAAAACUGUUAUCGAUGCUUCCACUGGCCUCGUGGCGGCCUGCCUCUCCGCAGCCCCAAGCCCUCCUCGCUCCUGGCCUAGAGCGUGGGCCAGCAAUGCGCCCACCGUUCACCGAAGAGAACGUGGAGCCUAUGCACAAAGACAAGCCACCGCUGAACACCAUGGGUCUUCCAGACCAUGCUGAGGGAAUGUCCUUGAGAUGGCAGGCCGGUCCCUGCGAUAGUUCUCAAAACUAUCAACUAAGUGAGGCCGGUGCAGCACUAAAUGUAGACCAGAAGUUGUAUUAACUUUGUAAUCGUGACCAUGGCUUUCCUUGAAGAGUUCCAUCAUCACAGGGUGGCACACUAUGGACAGCAUUACUACUCUAAGUGUGAAUGCCAUCUCCUUGAUCUGUAAACCCUGCCCUGUAAGAUGAGGUCGAUGGAAACCACACAGUGCAGGUGUGUAAGAUCAUCAGCAAAACAAAUGUUCAACUGGAUAAAGGAUGGAGAUGAAAAACAAUUUAGUUUUCUCACUUGGUGGUCUUAUAGUCACCUAGGUUGUUGAUCUACAACAUGGAGUAUCACCAUCUUUACAGUAGUUACACCUUUUCAGAUCUUCACAUUUCAAGUGAUCAGCACACUCAUUUUAAUAAACAUAAUGACCUGUUGCUGCUCUACACUA